UAUGGACAAACUUUUAUUUCGCCUCCAAUUACAAUUUCUAUAGUCAAAUAAAUAGUAUUACUAUAGUAAAAUGAAGCAGUUUUGUGUGAAUGCAUAAAUAUGGACUAAGUGUAAAAGUUAAACGCAGGGAUUUUGUUAGUAUGCUGGAUAAAUGAAGUUGGUAAAUGUGCAGUCCUCAAUGCUUGAUAACUAAAAUAUCCGCGCUAUUAGUGGAAACCCUAUAAACUUGAACAACAGCAACGAAUAAGGUGAGAUGUCUAAUAAUAAUCCCCAUGGACACAUAAGUCAACCGACGCAAAAUCCUUCAUGGAAUCAUUUGCAAAUACCAUCGUAUAUACCGAGGCAACCACAGUUGGCGCAUAUGUCCAACGAACGUCCCAUGGUGCGUUCACCAUCGGCUUGGCAUGCGCCGGCACCGCCACCGGAUUCCCUAUAUAAUUUCAUGUCGGCCAAUCAUAAAAACCUUGAACAUCAGAUGAAUUCUCUCCUGCCUCGUUCGCUUUUACCGCCAUUCGAUUCAAUGGACUUAUCGCUGCAAUCAAGUCGUAGUUCAAGCUCACCACUAAACAAAAUCGUUGGUGGUCAUGCGCCUGGUAUGCUAUCACAUGAGUAUGGUGGUCAUAAGCAUGCGGCCACGCCACAGCCGCCAGGACCACCGCCUCCACAUCAACAUCAGCAACAUUCGCACCAGCCACAAGCGCAUCAGCAUCAACAACAACAACAGCAGCAGCAAUCACAACAUCAUGGACCGAAUAGUUACCCAAUCUUAGCACAACAGCAGCAGCAGCAACAACAACAGCAGUCACAGCACACACACCACUCUCAGCUAUCUGCAUUGCAAUCUUCGCCAGCCACGCAUGGCAUGCAAAGCGGCGCUACACCGCAAUCGCCUGCCUCACCAGCUGGCAGUCAAGGUCCCGGCAAAUAUAUGAAUACGAAUGGAAAUGAUUGUGAAGGUAUGCUACCACCUGGUGGUUCAAAUCCUGGCGGUUCGUCGUCGGUAGGUGGCAAUAAUAACGGCGCGAGUGCGAGCAGCGGUACCGCAGGUGGAGGGGGCGGCGGUCCAAGCCCUGUGCAUACUUAUAUGCGCGAGCCCAACGAUGCGCCCAGCCAUAUGAGUGAGAGCUAUGGCAAAGUACCACAUUUGGCGCGUAAUUAUGAAUCUGAGUUACAGUCUAAAGGUGCCGGAUCGAAGCCAGUUGAGUUGGUCAGCAAAGAUUGUAAUUACACUUCGCUUAUAUCAAAUAAAAUGCAGUCGCAUGCGCAGCAGCAUCAGCAACAGUCACAAGUUUCUCCCAAGAAACGUAAGCAAAAUGUUCAUUUUUACAAAAAAAAUAUGUUUGAAUUUAUCAUUUUUAUCUCUUUAGAAUCGCCAAUACGCAAUUAUCAUGCGCAACAACAACAUCAGCAUCAUCAUCAGCAGCAGCAACAUCAGCAGCAGCCGCCGGCUUUCAAUAAUCCACCACAGUCUGCCAUGAAGCAUAACGGUCCGCAUACACCGCCUACACCGCAAUCUCCCGUAAUGCAUCAGCAAACUGGUGGACCUUUACAUGGCAUGGACUACAAUCAAAUGCAUUUGCAGCAGCAAUCACAGCCGCAGAACGCUUAUCCACAUCCACAACAGCAACAACAACACAUGUCGCAACAUUUGCCACACCCACCGCCACCACAUGCACUACACUAUCCACCACACCCGCACGCACAUCAGCUGCCACACAGUCUCUUGCCGCAACAACCUACACAACAUCAGCAACAAGCAACACAAUUGUCACAACAAAAUCAGCAACAUCAUAUUCCACCGCAACAACAACACCUACACCCGCAAAUGCAUCAAAAUCAACAGCAACACCAGCACCAAGUAUCGCCACGCAUGCACCAGCAACAACAGUCUCUUACCGCACAGCAGCAGCAACAACAACAAAAUCAAUCACCACCAAUGCAUCGUACACUGAACACCCACAUACAACACACCAACUCCACAAAUUACACGCAUCUCGAUGAUAUGGCGCCUGCUGCUGCAGCCAAUGCUUCGAAAGCGCCCACAUACAACGUGCACCCAGCAGAAUUGAAAAAAUCGUCGCCACCUGCUGAUAAUACCGUUAUAGCAGAUCUCUCACCCAAACCGGUCAACAGUGGCGCGAAUAAUACGUAUUCCAACAGCGGGAACAGUGCGUCCAAAGCGGCUUGCAUACCCGACAGCGCUGAGUCGCCUUCGCCGGAAGCGAUAUCAUCGCAUUGCGAAUCAUUGGACUCCAACAGCAAUAGUAGUGGCGGUGGAGGGGCAGGUUUUCGACAACGUCUACAUAAACGCGGUGGUGAUACCAAAUCAUCCGGUGCUGAGGCUGUAGAUUUCGGUAGUGUUCUAAUGCCAACACAAGGCAACUCACCACAGCCGCAGUACCAACAAUUGUCAAGGAACAACAUUCCACGAAGUCCAAAGUCAUCACCAACGGAACAAGUGCGACGUUCACCACGCAAAGCUGACAUCAAAUCUCCAGCAAGCAAUUUCAACAAAUCACCUCCCAGUGCAACGGUAAACUUAGGUACACCACACACACAGCCUGAAAAAAUGGCAAUCGCCUCCACACCAUCCUCACCGACCAGCCAAACGAUGGAGAAUGGACGCAUACCGCCAACAAUUGGCACGGCUUCAACUCCACUGGACACAAUGGCGGAAACAUUUGCCGAUUCCGAAGUGGAGACAAUUGACAAAAUCAGCGCCAUGAUCGCCAGCACUGCAAAUGACAGCGCAACGCACGUGGACGCGAACAGUAAUUCGAGCAUAAAGAGUGUCGGUGAAUGCGACAGCGGCGCGCUCAGCAGCGGCAGCCCGAAAACCAAAAAGCAACGUCAAGCGCUGAAACUGCGCAACGCCACCGAAUACAAUUCCAAUUCGAAUGGCUCAAGCAAUUCAUAUAGCGUCAUUGGAAAUACCAGCGCCAGCAAUAGAUCUAUGUCCAUGAACGAUAAUGCCGUUGCGGUCGAUGAGUUGCGUAAAGAAUUGAUGCAAACGGAUCUACAGCAGCUUGAGGCGCCUAACGGCGACAAAUCCGCAGCGCAAACCAACGAAGGCGAAGUUGCGACUGGCAAUCGUAUGGAGUCGCAAGCUGAUGCGCGCAUGAGACAGCCACGACCACUAAGUCCGCAAAGUAAUAGUCACAGCAGCAGCAGCUCGUCCAGCACUUCCAGCUGCAGCAAUUCCAGCCACAGCAGCAUUGGCAGCAAGACCACAGCAACUACCACACAUGCGGAAAGCAAAACAUCGGGGAGUCAAUGUCCGGUUAUAGCAACAACAACGACAGCUUUGGAAGAGGACAAUAAACACAAACGACAGACUUCAGACGAACGACAAGCGCCGCCGCAGACUGGCGAUGCCGACCCACUAAAUUUAAAUGCCCAUAAAAGCGACACAGUGACAGCGGCAUUCGAAGAGGUUGAAAAUAAGUUGGAGGAGAUGUUUGCUGGCAUCGAAGAUGAGCCCAUCAUACCGGAGACCGAUGAUCUUGCUUCACAGCCGCCCGCCAAUACCACUGAAGUGGUGCGCGAUUUAAGUUUAGCUUUAGAGUUGUCUAACGCCAACCUCAGCGCUGUCACACCUUCAGCAGAUGCACCACAGGAGACGAACGAUCCGAUGAGCGCUACAGCGAAAGAUGUGAGUACGCCACUGCACGUACGCACGGAAGGUCCACCACCGACUAAAGCCGCCAAAAAGUCGACACUACCUAGUCCUAUACGCAAAACUACCACAACGGACCUACAAGCUGCCGCUGCGGAAAGUGCACAAACCACAGACAAUAAAGAAGGCGGGAAAACGAGUAUUGUACCGGCUGCUUCAACUACGGCAGCGGGCCGAAGAAGCGGACCGCCGCGACGCCGUCUCUCCGUCGCCAUGGAUCCCGCGAAUUUGCGUAUACUGUUGGACGACGAUGAUGCUGACUUUGCAGAACCACGUCCACAGCGUGGCAAACGUACAACCAGCGCCAAGCGAAACAACAAUAGUUCGCAGAACAGCAGCGAACAAAAGAAGGACGGCGUCAUAUGUUUGGAUGACGAUGACGAUCAGCCGAGCACAUCAGCGGCUGCAGCGGCAGCAUUGGCCGCAAAGACAGCCAAAGAAGCGACCACACAGGCUGUCGGCAGCAGCAGCACGCCAAAUGCCAAGACGACGUCUAAGGCCGCUAAGGGCCGCAAAACGCAAGACACGCGCAAACGGCCGAGUCGCGCCGCGGAUACUGGCAAGAAUGGUGCCAAAAAGAAAAUGACGGCAAAACAGCAACAGCAACAACGGCGUAAACAACAGCAACAUUCAUCGGAUGAUGAUGCACCAGCAGCGCCAUCCGCCGCAACGGAACAAAUAAAAAAUAAAUCUCCAUUCAUUUUGGUGAAGCGUGACGGCAGCAUAAAUGUGGUGAAUGCGCCCUUGAAUGCCGAAGAUGUCAAUGAGAAGAACGCAGCCGCGCGGCAGGUAAAGAAACCAUCGGGUGCUGCUGGCUACGCACACGAUCGGAAAAACCUACGCGGCCUGCACUCGUCAACGCUCAGCAAUAAAUAUGACGCGGAUACGACCGACUCAACGUGGAUAUGUGUAUUUUGCAAGCGUGGGCCGCAUCGCCUGGGAUUGGGUGACCUCUUCGGCCCCUACCUGGUCACAAUCGAUUGCGAGGAAUAUAAGACGGCCGUAAAAGCGCCCGACGCCAUCGAUAUGGAUGCGAUUUUCGUGAGCAAACGACGGCGUCUGGAUAUGGUACAGACGAAUCCGCGCAAUCUGCCCGUGGUGCCGGCUAAAAACUGCACAGCGUCCACGGGUGCGACAGCUACUGCUACACGCACCAGUGGUGCGGUAAGUAUACCAAUCACCUUGCGCCAGCAAGACUUCUUUAGUAGCGACUCCCUUUUGCAGGGUAAAAAGAAAAAGAACGCUCAAGACACAAGCGCCCACGGUAACUUGAAUACUGACGCUACGGUGACUAUCGAUCCGCUCGAUUGCAGCACAGAUGAGACACUGCAACAGAACUUUCUCGGCAUGUCUAAAGUCUCGGAGAAGAGUUAUGAAGUGUGGCUGCAUGAAGACUGCAUUGUCUGGGCGCCGGGCGUAUACUUGGUGGGUGUGCGUGUUAUGGGACUCGAUGCGGCGGUCUGGACCAGCACCACCUACCACUGUGUACUGUGUAGCAAACCUGGUGCGAUUGUGUGUUGUCUGCAGCGUGACUGCAAGGCAGCCGCACACGUGCCAUGCGCACGCGCAGCCGGCUGGAGUUUGAAUGAAUCAACAAUGAACGUGCACUGUCAACAGCAUGCCGUACAACCGGCCAUUGCACCGACAACCCUAUCAGCGCUAGCACUGCAACAACAACAACCGGCAGUUUUGGAAAAUUCCUGAGAAUCGCAAGCAGCCGAGUGUCACCUUCCACGUUCGCGCGCGCAACAAGGUGCGCGUCGUCAACGUUGCUUAGCGAAGUCAACUGCACAGCGCAAGUCGAAAUAAGGCACAACAACAAAACAUAAGUGCGCUGCUCUUAGCAUUAAGCGUCGUGUGGUGUGUGCGACGUGAAGUGUUCGUGAAGCUACGGACCCAGGCCGUUGCUUUGCUUAUUUGCGUUUCGCUAAACAUUCGUUAGUUUUAAGCGUAAACCAUUUUAAGGUGUAAUAAUAGUAGUGUACUAUAUUAGAAACUUCAAUUUUACAGUUAACUUUAAGCUACCGUUACACACAGAAUGUACACAAGACCAUCGAGAGAGAAAUUUUAGCGCUCAACAUUUUUUUUUUUCAUAUCAAAAACCUUGUUUGUUACGCAUCGGUUUGUCUACCAAGUAGUUGAUUUGCAGAAAAAAUUACAAAAAUUCG